CUGCUACGGACUCAAGUACAGGAAUAUAGCACAACGCUUUACGCAUCACAUCGCGCCGCCUCGCAUCCUGCUUCCAUUUCAAGCGAACAGGGAACAUCACUGCUGCAUCCAGGCCCGACGUCAAGCCCAUCAGCCGUGAACCCAGUUGCCCCGUCUCCACACAACCUGUUGCCCAACACGGCCCGCAUCAAUCCUUCAGCGACCUUCCUUCACUCGCGCAUCGCUGCCACCAACUCCGUCGACGAAUACCUCGAGCGAUAGCACCGAAUCGAUCUAAACUUAAUUCACAAUGGCGUCGAACCGCCCAGCGGCUUUCAACACCCUCCGGAUGGGAGAAGUUAUCCGUGAGAAGGUACAAGACGGCGUUACAGGAGAGACGCGGGAGAUCCAGUACACCCAAUGCAAGAUUGUCGGCAAUGGCUCGUUUGGUGUCGUCUUCCAGACCAAGCUGUCACCUUCCAACGAAGAUGCCGCCAUCAAGCGCGUUCUCCAGGACAAGCGCUUCAAGAACCGCGAACUUCAAAUCAUGCGGAUUGUUCGCCACCCGAAUAUUGUCCAGCUCAAGGCCUUCUACUACUCGAAUGGCGAACGUAAAGAUGAGGUGUACCUCAACCUGGUGCAAGAGUUUGUUCCAGAGACCGUUUACCGAGCCUCGAGGUUCUUCAACAAGAUGAAGACCACCAUGCCCAUCUUGGAAGUCAAGCUGUACACCUACCAGCUAUUCAGGGCUUUGGCAUAUAUCCACUCGCAAGGAAUCUGCCAUCGCGACAUCAAGCCGCAGAACCUCCUGCUUGACCCUACUACCGGUGUCCUCAAGCUGUGCGACUUUGGCAGCGCAAAGAUCCUGGUGGAGAACGAGCCCAAUGUGUCCUAUAUCUGCUCGCGGUAUUACCGUGCACCUGAAUUGAUCUUCGGUGCUACCAAUUACACGACCAAGAUCGAUGUCUGGUCUACUGGAUGCGUAAUGGCCGAGCUCAUGCUUGGGCAGCCCCUCUUCCCCGGAGAGUCUGGCAUUGACCAGCUGGUGGAGAUCAUCAAGGUCCUCGGAACACCUACUCGGGAGCAGAUUCGAACCAUGAACCCGAACUAUAUGGAACACAAGUUUCCUCAGAUCAAGCCUCAUCCGUUCAACAAGGUUUUCAAGAAGGCCGACGCUGAUGCUAUCGACCUCAUCGCCCGCCUUCUUGAGUAUACCCCCACCGAGCGUCUGGCGGCGAUUGAUGCCAUGGUCCAUCCCUUCUUCGAUGAACUCCGGGACCCUAGCACCAGACUUCCCGACUCGAGGCACAACUCUGGAACCGUUAGGGAUCUGCCACCGCUCUUUGACUUUACCCGUCAUGAGCUAUCCAUCGCCCCCCAGCUCAACCACAAGCUUGUUCCUUCGCACAUGAGGCCGGUUCUCGCGUCGAAAGGACUCGAUAUUGACAACUUCACUCCUAUGAACAAGUCGGAGAUGAUGGCCAAGUUAGACUGAAGCUGAUGUCGUUUCGAUACUCAAUGUCGCCGAUCCAUCCCCGAAAUAUGAACGUGGACGAUAUGCGCUGUGAUUUCCGAAUAGCAGAGCGUUGCCUAAGAUUUCGAAGCAAGCGGUUUGACUCGCCGAUCCGAUUAUGACCCAAAAACCGAAGAACGGAUAUUCUUGCGUCCACCUGGACGAAACGAAAGCGAUUUCAGAUCACGGCCUAAACCGACGCACAGAUACCCCUCCAUCACAAGUGCGCUGGAUCAACCGUGCAAAAAUUCGUGCCGGCCUGGAGGCCGAGAAG